AUGACCUUACCAGACGACCUCAGACCCCCACCAACAUCUCCUGCCAUUUCAGAUCCGGCCAAUUACAUCUUCUGCGGUUCGGACAAACCCCCAACCCUGAUGUCUUCCGGAAACAAGAUGGCUGUCGUCUUCUCGUCCACGUCUGAAACGGAGAAAAUUAAAAGGCCUGAUGAUGGCUUUGGUGGAUUUAGAUUCAGGAUCAAGUAUAGCUAUACAACCGCUUGCAAGUUCACUUAUCGGAGUGAGCCGAAUUUAGACCACGGAUCAUUCUCUUCUCCAAACUUUCCCGGCCUGUAUCCACUGAACACCAGAUGCCACUAUCAGUUCAUCGGCCAGCCCGAUGAGAGAGUUGUGAUUCGAUUCGAAUAUUUCGAUAUUGAUGGCCUACCGAAUCGGUAUAUCUAG